AUGAAAUCUUUUCUGCUCCUUGUGAUCUACUUAUUAUGGCUGAGGGGACAACAAGGUGCACCCACCAAGGAGGAAGACACAAAUGUGGAAAACCUGAAAGUUUUAUCGGAAGUUGGAGAGAAAUAUGUAGAUGAAGAAGUAAAGAAAGCUCUGAUUGGCAUUAAGCAGAUGAAAAUUUUGAUGGAAAGAAAUGAAGCUAAACACAUGGAUCUGAUGAAAACCUUAAAGAAAAGCAGUGAAGAAAAAGAGGAAGCUCUGAGACUUAUGAGUGAAGUGAAAGAGAGACUGGAAGAAGAAGAAACAACAUGUCAGGAGUCUCUGCAGCAUAUAUGGGAUGAAUGCAAAUCUUGUCUAGAAAGUAAUUGUAUGAGAUUUUAUACAACUUGUCGACGUGGUCUAUCUUCAUUUACAAGUAAAAUUCAAGAUUUUUUUAGAAAGAUGACCCCAGUAUCUAUUUCUAUGUAUGAAACUGAGGGGAAAGAAUUUCAGUUUAAUCAGAAGCCUGAAAAAGAAGAUGUCCAACUAGUACAAAUGGAAAAUUUGUUUAACCAACUGUUGUCUGAUGUGGGUACAUUGUUUGAAAAAAGCUUUAUGUUUUUCAAACAGAUGCAAAAAGAAUUUGAUCAGUCUUUUCAAAUGUAUUUUAUGUCUAAUCCAGACAUAACAGACCCCUAUUUUUUACCAACGUUCACUGAGGAUUUUAUGAGAAAUAGUGGCUUCCCGAAAGAAUGGGGGGUCCAAGAUCUCCUUCAGCUUGUGUUUGAUUUCAGCAAAACCGUCAUAGAAGGUGUCAGUGAAAUGCUUACCGAGACCUUUGAAGGAUACACAGAGAAUGAAAGAGAGAUGGCCGAACAAAUUAAGGAUUCUGACAAAAGUGGAAUGUUCUCUAAGAUCAUACCAGGUCAUGAGAGAGCUCCAUGUAAUAAACUGCGCCAGAAUUCAUCAGGUUGCUCUCAGUUUCAUGAGAGAUGCCAGAAAUGUCAGGACACUCUGAUGCAAGUCUGCCCCAGUGUCCCUGAGCUACAUGUAAAGUUUGAUGACACCUUUAAGCUGGUUAACAUCUCAGCUGAACAGUAUCAACAGAUUCUCCAGAUGGUCCAACGUCACACAGAAGAUACAUCCUAUUUGCUGAAUAAAAUGAAAGAAAGGUUUGGAUGGGUGUCUGAACUAUCCAACAGAACCAUUGGACCAGAAAAUAUUUUCAAUAUAGUAAAGGUGGCUUCUGAUGCCAAGGCAGGUGAAGCUUCUGGUCUGAAUGAAACUGUAGUAGAUGUUAAUAUUUUGACUUCACCUACUUUCACAAUUAAAGUUCCACAAGAAUUAGACACAAGGAGCACUGAAUUCAUUGAAUAUGUAGCUGAGAAAGCUUUACAGCUUUACAAGAAGAAUUUCUAGGCAGAAAGAUCUGAAAAUCUACUUUUAAAUCUGGCAUAUUCUCUUUUAAUGAAGUACACCAAAGUUCAAUC